ACCAUUAUACUUUCCGGAUAAUCGAUGUUUUAUACUGUAUCAACUUUACCCUCGCGAAUUCCGAAGGCUUUUAUAAGUUAUAGUAUAUGCAACUGUGUCUGUAUCUACGUCCAAUUAUAAUUACUUAUUACAUGUUAUUAUUUAUUUAUCAGAGCGCAAUUUGAAUGUUUUUUCUGUGAUCGCAAUAAUGUACUUUGUACAUUAUGGUUUUGUACAUCAAUUAGGUAUGUAAAAAAAUGUAAAUAAAUAAACAAAAUCCUGGCUAUGUGCUUGCAGGUAUUUUUUGAUCUGAUUAUCUGAAUAUAGAUCAUGUGGUUGUGCUUUGAGCUAUUAAAUCGAGGUUGACUCACUAUUGUUUACCUACAUUACAAUUACAUAUAGGUAUAAUCAUUACAAAAUGUAUUGCCACAAACAAAAUUGAAAUUUUCAUUUUUUAAUUGCAUCUACUAGAGGAAUUUGACAUUUUCUCAAUUUUAAAUGGAUAAUGUCCGUUUUUACGUUGCAAUCGGAUAGGUACUAACUAAUAUGUAUAAGUGAUUCGAGUUAAAAUUUUUGUAAUUAGUUACAGUUAGAGUUUUGUCUCGUGUGGCAGUGGUUCCGAACUACUUUUUAAUAGGUGAUGCAAAAAUAGAUUUUAACCAUUCACCCAUCACUACCUAGACAUCCUCAAAAAUAUUAGUACAAUAUUUUAAGACAGUUGGUAAAAAUCCUUUAAAUAACCCCUCCUAUAACAUAUGAUAACAGUGUAUGUUAUACCUAUUGUUAUCUUAUAGUGGUACCCCUGUAUACCAAAAUUGUAUCUAGAAACUUAUUUUCAUUGUUCACAAUUUUGAGCUCAAACGAGUCUUCACCCUAUGAUUCACCUUUAAAUUUAGUAAAAGAUGAGUCAUGUGUCCAGAGUUUCCGGAGUACUUAAUAAUUAUAUGAGAAAUUUAAUUAAUAUCUGUGAGAAAAAAAUGGUUAUGAAGGCACCGAUGAUAGACCAGGAGAGAAAACGACGCAGUAUUGUUCCACACCGUGAACCCAUUCAUCAGAUUAUUCAUUGCAGGGAUAUAGGGCCUCGCAGUAUUAUAGUUUUUGAUGCUCCACGCGUGCUAGUCGUUAUGUUAUUUGUACGUGCUGAGUCGGGAGGGUUUGAAGCGGCGGUGUCGAAAUCGUUGUCACGCGUACAUCCGUGCACGGGCUGGAUGAUCGCGAGGGGGAGGCUUGAUGGCAGUGGCAGACGUUAUAUUUCAAGUCAAAGGACUUGUGGAAAAAAAGGAGGGGAAAAUCCGUACUCGCCGCACCGCACUUCAUCGCAGUGACUUACCAUCAUCGCACUGUAUUAUAGUAUUCAAAAGUAAAAAAAAAAAAAAAAUCGACUAAGCAGAGGAUUGGCGACACAGCGUAUAACAGUCGUAC